UUAGGAAUCGGGACGGAUCGGGAGAAGUUCGAACGGGUUCGUCCGGGAUUUCGAUACACCCGUAUCGCUCGGGCUUCAGAAAGUUUCGAAGUUUCGGAAUACCGAAACUCGAUUCGGGUAUCAGCUACAGACUUACGAUUUAUGUAUCAGCACGAGCGAGCGGGCCGUUUAUCUUUGUGUCACUUCGACAGAAGCUUAAAUAUUCGAAUCACAUUUAACAGCUUUUAGCUUUUGACUUAAUAAUAAUAUCUUAAUAAAGACAUCCAUAAAAACAUUGAUAUACACUUUAUACCUAUAUAAACUUAUAUAAACUUUAUAGUCCUCUUAAGCGAGAACUGCGAAUGAAAAAGGACCCCUCUCGAUAGCGAUGAUUUCAAUUCUUACUUAUUUUUAAUAAAAGUCCUCGCCUUAUCCCGCGCACUCCGGAGUUUAAUACUUUAGUGUUUUAAGGCGUUUGUCUUUUUCCGCGAACUUUCGUUUCUAAACUGGGACAGCUCGUGCCAUCCAAAGGACAUUAUUAAAUUAGGGAUAUUAUUAGACUAGAACAUUAUUAACCGGCACGAGCGCAACGCUUAAAAUGGAAAUGGGGGAAGAAGCCAUCGCCCACUAGCAAAUAAUUCGACGAGUUGCCAGCUCCACGAUCAUACAUAUAAACAAGUCUCGACAUUCAUAUAUUGAAGCUUAGGAAACCGUCCAAAAAUUGAGUCGUAUCUAGUUGUGAAAAAUCAACAUGGAAGACAAGAAGGUUAUAGUUCUGCGCAUGCGUGACAUGUUUUAAAUGUCUCAGACAGAGACAAAAACACUCUAUUCAUCUCUGUCUAUCUGGUAAAAAUGCGAACUUCGUUGACCUUCCAUGUUGAUUUUUCACGAUUAGACACAAUUCAACUUUCGGACGGUUCGUCUUAGCGAAUGUCGACACUUGUUUAUAUGAUCGUGGCCAGCCUUGUAUUGUAUACAAUGAUUUGUAUUGUAUUUGUUAUUAGAUUUACAUAAGCUUAAAGCAUUAGAAGACCUAGUUGUCACUUAAAAAUUAUAUAUAAACAUUAAUAAAAUAUUGUCGAUCGUUGGCGCCACAUCUGUUAAUAUGUACAAUAAUGACAUGAAAUUGCGCAAACAAUAAGAAUAAUCCAUACAUUAAUAAGCGAAAGCAAACACGAAAACAAGAAAUAGUGAUAAAAACUAACCGCAAAUCUCUAUAAUGAUAAGUAAUUAACGAAACAAUAAUGGAUAAAAUUUUAAGAAACACAUUACCUAUUAGUCGACAAUUAUUACGUACGUCUUCAACAACAUAUCAAUAUUCGAAAAUUUUUAAAGAUUGUGUUGCAUGUAUAUAUACAAAAUACAAUAAUGUUAUAUUAAGAUCAAAUCUACUUCCUGUUAAAAAACCAUUUAAUAUUAUACAAAAUCGUACAAUGUUUAUACAAACUCAAGACACACCAAAUCCAAAUAGUUUAAAAUUUAUACCUGGUGUUAAAGUGUUAGAAACUGGUCAAACUAAGGAUUUUCCUAAUGCUACAGAUGCAUAUUGUUCACCACUUGCAAAAAUGUUAUUCCGUAUUGAUGGUGUAAAGUCUGUGUUUUUUGGUCCUGAUUUUAUUACAAUAUCAAAAGCUGAUGAAGAUGUUGAGUGGAAAUUAUUGAAACCAGAAAUAUUUGCUGUCAUAAUGGAUUUUUUUGCAACUGGCUUACCUAUAUUAACCGAUGAACAGCCUGCAACAGAUACUCAAAUUAGUGAGGAUGAUAGUGAAAUAGUACAAAUGAUAAAAGAAUUAUUGGAUACUCGAAUACGACCGACAGUACAGGAAGAUGGAGGUGAUGUUGUAUUUAUGGGCUUCGAGGAAGGCAUAGUGAAAUUGAAAAUGCAAGGUUCCUGCACAAGCUGUCCAAGUUCUGUGAUCACUUUAAAAAAUGGAGUUCAAAAUAUGAUGCAAUUUUAUAUUCCAGAAGUGCUUGGAGUAGUGCAAGUGGAGGAUGAAACUGAUCAAAUCGCAAAAAAAGAAUUUGAAAAGUUCGAAGAAAAGAUUAAAAGCUCUAAACCUAGUGAAAAAUAAAUUAAUGAUAUAAUAAUGAUUAAAAAAUCAUUGUUUUGUAAGAGACCAUUGUAUAUGUAUAAAUAAAUUAAACACUU